GAAAUGCACCGGCUGCUUCAAAUUAGGGUAGCCAAUCAGAAUACAGAAAAACUUGCAACGGCGCAGUUUCAAAUCUUGAGAGUUGUUGGAAAAAGGAGCUCGUAGAUCAGAUUCGUAUCGCAUCCCAGAGUUAUAAUGGAGGCGAACCUGUCCAGGUUACUUGUAGGACUGUCUAUUCAAAUCAGUCGCAGUGAUGGUCGAGUCCAUUCAGCCACAGUGAAAUCCGUAGAUGCUGUGAAAUCCACGGCUAUGGUGGAGUGGCUGGAGAGGAACGUAUGCCGAGGAAAAGAGAUUGAAAUAAGUGAAAUAUGUUCACUAAAUCCAGAACUUGUGUACCAAGUCAACACUGCCAACAAAGAAGCUGCUGAGCCUCCCACUGCUGCUACUACUGACAAAAAGUAUGAACGACAGCUUCGAUCUUCAAGGAUUCCUGCACCUUCCUCCUCUACAGAUACAGCGAACUCAAAACUUCAAGAGUCAGUUGCCACUCGAUCCCAGGUGAGACAGACGUGUCUUUUCCAGCCGCCAGCACCUGGACUUACACCCAGCACAACCAUCAGGUCUUCCUCGGCUCACCCUGAGACCACUCAUCAAGAUCUUAACCCGCCAGCCGCCCUCAAAGUUUCUGGUACUGCAGUUCCUAAACAGCAUCGCAGAGGGAAUGAGGCCAAACCGGCGCCAUCGCUGCCUUUUCUACGGGAGUCGAAAAAGGAGAAUGAACCUGAGGAGAUGCCUCCACCUUCAACCAAAGGCAGAAGGAAAUCUGUGGCUCCCCAGGACUUAAAUAAAGGCAACAAAAGGCAGUCUUGUGUCGUAAAACCUUCUGACGUGCAAACCAAGAGGGGAAAGUUCGGAGAGCCGUCUCGACCAAAUCAGAAAUUCUAUGAUAUGAUCCAAGAUUUCAGAGAAACGUUGGAAAUAACUCCCUUAUCAGCAGCUGACUUGAUUGAGCCACACCGAAUUUGUGUGUGUGUUCGCAAGCGGCCCCUAAACAAGCAAGAACUUAUGAAGAAGGAGAUAGACGUAGUGUCUGUUCCUGGAAAUGGGACAUUGUUGGUCCACGAACCAAAACAAAAAGUGGACCUUACAAAGUACUUGGACAACCAAGUCUUCCACUUUGACUACUCCUUUGAUGACAGUGCCACCAAUGAGCUUGUCUACAAGUUUACUGCCAAACCUUUGGUGCAAUCCAUUUUUGAAGGCGGUGUGGCAACUUGCUUUGCUUAUGGGCAGACUGGAAGUGGAAAGACGCAUACAAUGGGAGGAGAUUUCACAGGAAGGCAGCAGAACAGCUCCAAAGGAAUAUAUGCACUUGCAGCCCAAGAUGUUUUCGCCCAUCUGAACCACAGGAAGUUUGCUAAUCUGGAUUUGUCCGUCUAUGUCACUUUCUUUGAAAUCUACAAUGGAAAAGUGUACGAUUUGCUGAACAAAAAGACCAAACUCCGAGUUUUGGAGGAUGACCGUCAGCAGGUUCAGGUGGUUGGACUGGAGGAGGUCUAUGUGUCCACAACAGAAGAAGUCAUCAAGAUUUUACAGACGGGCAGUGCAUGCAGAACAUCAGGCCAGACUUCAGCCAAUGCCAACUCCUCACGGUCCCAUGCCGUCCUCCAGAUUGUGCUGCGGCGCAAUGAUCGUGCUACAACCUUACAUGGCAAAUUCUCAUUGGUUGAUCUAGCUGGCAAUGAGCGUGGCACUGAUGUCAACAGCUAUGACCGCAGCACUCUGGUCGAGACUGCAGAAAUCAACCGCAGCCUACUCGCCCUCAAGGAGUGCAUUCGCUCGCUGGGAAUGAACAGUGAUCACAUUCCUUUCAGAAUGAGCACUUUAACCAAAGUGCUGAGGGAUUCCUUCAUUGGGGAGAAGUCCAGAACCUGCAUGAUUGCCAUGGUGUCUCCAGGGAUGGCUUCCUGUGAUUACACCAUGAAUACACUACGUUAUGCUGACAGAGUGAAGGAGCUGAAAGGCAGUUCCAAAAGUAAUGAUGCACCCAAGACACACGAGUCUUUAAACAGUUCCUCUGAGGAGGAACUUCCUUUAGACACCAAUGUAUAUGAUGCCAUAUCCAAAGUGACAGAACUGGAGGAGAAAGUCUAUGCUGAGCUCAAGAGGGGAAAUGAUUUCAUCAAAGAAAUGGAUCAAACCUCAUACAACAUUGAGUUGGGACUUCCAGACUUGUUGGAUUAUUCUCAAAAGUUAAUGGAGACCAUUCUGGCUGUUCAGUCUGCCGUGGACCAGGAGCGGAUGGCGAGACGGAACCACUGAAACUAAGCUAGAAAUAAAAACGAUUUUAUUAAAUUUGUAUCAUAUUAAUUACUUUUGAAUAAAAUGCAAGUAAUUUAGGAACAUUUUGUUGAUUUCUGUGUUUUUUUCUAUAUGCAAAAACUCAUACAUAUCCGUUUCUUUUUUCUGGCCCUGCAUUGAAUUUAUCCAUCUACACUACUUGUAACAUUAACUUCCUUGGCAAAAUAUACAGGGCUGUUUGUGGUUUUUCCAUUUGUUGAUUAAAUUUGCAUUGUUGUUCUGCAUGUGUUUAUAGUUUAAUAAAACCAAUUUUCGGUGGA